GAAGUUUUCACACAUUUACCGUUAUAAGACAUAUAAAAAUGCCCGCGAUAAUUUAGUCGAAAUUUUUUGAACGGACUAGUCUGGUAUUUUUUUUAAAAUCGGUUAAAUUUAAAUAACAUUUAAAAACAAAAAAUAAAAUAAAAUUAAGACAAAUAUACAUAAUUAAUUAAAUUCAAUUUUGAUUUUAUUAAUUAAAUUUUUGAUUAAACUAAACAUAACUGGGGAAUUUUUAAAUAUUAAUUGUUUAUUUUUAAAAAUAAGAAUAGAAAAGAUUGUUAACAUCUUAAAGAAUUAGAGAAAAAACUGUAUAUGUAUGCAUGCCACAAUAUUAAAAAAUCGUUUAUAAAAAAAGUUAUUAGCAAAAUUUAUGCUAACAAAAUUGAUUACACAGGUACACUUCAUCAAGACCUACAGAAAAAAAUACUGUUGCUAAUUAUUAUAAAAUUUGUAUAAUUUUUGAAAGCUCGUACAAAAACUGGAAUCAAGUUUGGGUUUUGAUCGAACUAUAAACCCAGUAUUUAUUGAUAAGAAUUUUCAUAGAAUAUUUGCGCCACGGACUAUUUCAGCAAAGCCAGAAGCAAAAUUCUACCUUGUUGAAUAAUUAAUUUAUAUUGAAUUCCUGAAAAAAAAUAUACAGAUGAAAAAUAUGGAAGUUUAUUACAUUAAAUUUUCUAAAUUAUUUAUUAUAUUUAUGCUACUAAUAAAAUUAGUUAUCGCAUAUAAGGACUUACAUUUAGAUUUUCCUGGGCCAUAUUGUGCACAAAGGGGUGCCGCUGGCUGCUGUGAAAAUCGAAAAGAUAGUUGCGCAGUUCCUAUACAAGGUACACUGUGCUAUUGCGAUGAUUUUUGUGACAGAGGGCAUAGUGGAGACUGUUGUCCGGAUUAUGACACAUAUUGCAAAAACGUGCCACCGCCUGUUCCUACCCAAAGAUGCUUUCAUAAUGGCAUAUACAUCAACCAUGGACAAAGUUUAGAAGAUAAUUGCAAUCAUUGUACUUGUCGUAAUGGAAUAAUGGAGUGUGAAAAUGAUAUUUGUAUACAGGAUAACGACAUUAUCAACAAUAUUAAUUUAAUUGAUGAAUCACUGAAAUGGCAUGCUAAAAAUUAUUCCGAAUUUUGGGGUAGAAAAUAUUCAGAAGGAAUAAAAUUACGUUUAGGUACAUUUGAACCUUCAUUUAGAGUAAAGUCCCAGACACGUUUAUCAAAUCGAAUCACAAACAUUCCAGUUGAAUUUAACGCCCUCAAUCAAUGGUCUGGGCUAUUAACUGAAAAUAUUAAAGAUCAAGGAUGGUGCGGAUCUUCAUGGGUUAUUUCAACGACAUCUGUAGCUUCCGAUCGAUUUGCUAUACAAAGUAAAGGACAAGAAGUUGUUGACUUAUCAGCGCAAAAUAUUUUAUCUUGCACAAGACGCCAACAGGGCUGUUUGGGGGGUCAUUUGGAUGCCGCAUGGAGAUACCUACACAUGAAAGGUGUGGUCAAUGAAGAAUGCUUUCCAUAUGAAGCACAUUCAUCACACUGUCGAACUUAUGGAAUAAAAUCCUUGCGCCAAAUGGGUUGUCAUAGUUCUGGUAAAGUUGACCGUGAUCAUUUUUAUUCAACUGGCCCAGCAUAUUCAUUAAACAAUGAAACUGAUAUUCAAAUUGAAAUAAUGAGAUCCGGCCCAGUGCAAGCAACAAUGCGCAUUUAUAGGGAUUUUUUUUCGUACGGUGGGGGUAUUUAUCGUCGAUCAGCAGCAAAUCGCGAUCAUGAUCAUGGUUUUCACUCUGUUAAAUUAAUUGGUUGGGGUGAGGAAAGGCAUGCUUAUCAAACAACAAAAUAUUGGAUUGCCGCAAACUCUUGGGGCACUUGGUGGGGUGAAAAAGGUUAUUUCAGAGUUUUAAGAGGCGUCAAUGAGUGUAUGAUAGAAGAUUAUGUAUUAGCAUCGUGGCCACAUGUUUUCAACCCUCAUGUCAAACGUGUAUCUCCAUAUAAAAAAUAAAGCAGAAAUUGAAGAAACAAAAGCAUAAUCAAAAUACUAAUCCGAACAAACAUUUUUUUUUAAUUUUGAUUUGUUUUUAAGUUUUUUAAAUUUAUUUUUAAUUAUGAUUUUAGUUUUAAGCUAUACUCUCACAUAUACAUAUAUAAAAUUAAUAUAAGCAAAUAAAAAGGGUAUCAACAUUUAAAAAACAAGAG